AUGUUUGGACGCGUCUUCUUUAGUCGUAGUCUUGUAUCUACUGCCAGAGGAAUUUUAUCAGUAUCAGGGCAAUCAACAGCUUUCAAGGCUGCUGUUGUUUCAACAAAUAUAUUACCAAAAAACAACUUUCACACAUCAAAUUUAUGCUUUUCUGACAAAGCUCCUAUGACAAAAGCUCAAAUUGAAUCAAGAAUAAAAUUAGUUCUUGGAUGUUUUGAUAAAGUUAAAAAAACAGAUAUUUCCAUGGAUGACGAUCUUUUUAAAGAUUUGGGAUUAGAUUCUUUAGAUCAUGUUGAAUUGGUAUGUAGUCUUGAGGAGGAAUUUAAUUUUUCAAUUCCUGAGGGUAUAGCGGAUGAAUUUAAAACACCAAGAGAUAUCUUUCAAUUUAUUUGUGAUAAAGAAGAUGUUUUUGAAUAG